UUUGUGCAAAACCGGGUACAAUCGUUACCAAAUAUCUAAACUUUUCGAGAGUUCGAGAAUAAUCCCGAUGAUUUUCUCGAUACAUCGAAAUGAUUGGUCGGCAUAAGUAGCUUCCUGGUCGCUUGUGUCUUGCACGAGGGAUGUUAAUAGGCAUUAUUUUACUCUUAUCGUAGAACUUUUUUUAAAUAUAAAUUGUCGACCGAUUGAACCAUUUGAAAAGACUGAUAUUAUUGAUAUCGUAUAGUGAGUGUGAACAUAAUAAGUUAGCGUAAUGGCAUUAAACCCCCAAUAUGAAGUAAUCGGGAAGGGUUUCGUACAACAGUAUUAUGCGAUGUUUGACGACCCUGCUCAAAGACCAAAUUUAAUAAAUAUGUAUAAUACCGAGUCAUCUUUUAUGACAUUUGAGGGUUUGCAAAUACAAGGUGCUAUUAAAAUUAUGGAAAAGUUAAGUAGUUUAACAUUUCAAAAAAUAAAUCGGAUAAUAACUGCUAUUGAUUCACAACCAAUGUUUGAUGGUGGCGUACUCAUUAAUGUUUUAGGAAGGUUGCAGACUGAUGAGGAUCAGCCCCAUGCAUACAUCCAGACAUUUGUCCUGAAGCCAAUUGGCACCAGCUUUUACGUGCAGCAUGACAUCUUCAGACUUGCUCUACAUAACACGGUUUAGGCGUCAGGUAUUGCUAUCCAUUGAUCUUCGUACCAUGGUACAGGCAGAUGAAGAUCCACCACAUGCCUUCUCACAGAUUUUUGUGUUGAAGCCACUGGGGAAUUCAUUUUUC